AUGGGGCUGCUUCUCAAAGCUUCGUUCCCCAAGCUCCUCGUGGGCCAAGGCAAGCAGAGGCUGACCCUGCAGAGGGCCAUCCAGGUGUGUGUGCAGGGAGGGCGCUUUGCCCCGGAGGCCCCAGUUCUGCCCCAUCUGCACCGUCAGCCUGGGCUCCCCCUGAGGACCGCUCAGGAGCAUGUGGCCUCCACAUGGCAGGAGCUGAGGCUCUUCUCCAGGCGCUGUUCCCAGCGAGCCGGGGGCCGAGGGACCCUCCCACGCCCCGCCCCAUCUCGGGCAGCCGAGCCCACCUCCCCAGCCCGCGACUGCGCUCUGGGCCCCGCGCGCCCCGCCCCCACCAGAGACCUGCGGGGAGGCUGCACAGAGGGGUCAGGCUCCAUCCUCACCGCUGCACCUGCCGACGCCGCCUGCCGGUCAUCCCAGCCCUUCCGCAGCGAGAGGUGGAGCCGGAAGCUGGGUUGUGGGCUCCAGGCCCUGGUGGACGAUACUGAGGAUGUGUCCCUGGACUUUGGCAACGAAGAGGAGCUGGCGUUUCGGAAAGCCAAGAUCAGGCACCCGGUGGCCACUUUUUUCCACCUGUUUUUCCGAGUAAGUGCCAUCGUCACCUAUGUGGGCUGUGACUGGUUCAGCAGAAGCUUUGUGGGCUGUUUUGUCACUGUGCUUCUCCUCCUGUCCUUCGACUUCUGGUCUGUGAAGAACGUAACCGGACGACUCAUGGUGGGCCUUCGCUGGUGGAACCAGAUCGAUGAAGAUGGGAAAAGCCACUGGAUUUUUGAAGCCAGAAAGGUCUCUCCGAACACCGUGGCUGCCACGGAGGCGGAAGCACGGGUCUUCUGGCUCGGCCUCAUCAUCUGCCCCAUGAUCUGGAUCGUGUUCUUUUUUAGCUCCUUAUUUUCCUUGAAGCUCAAGUGGCUGGCCCUCGUGAUAGCUGGGAUCUCUCUCCAAGCCGCCAACCUGUACGGCUACGUCCUUUGUAAGAUGGGAGGCGAGAGUGACAUCAGCAAAGUCACAGCCAGUUUUCUGUCCCAGACGGUGUUCCAGACGGCCUGUCCAAGCGACUUUCGGAAGCCUGGCCUCGAGGGGCUGGAGAUUCACAAGCGUUAGGCUUAUUUUCUGAGGCAGUGAAGGCUCAAGAGAAGUUCUGUAAUGGAACAGCUUCUGGCAGAGAAGAAAAUUCCAUGAC